AUGGUGCAGACAUCGAACUUGAAGCUCCUUGCUAUGGGCAAUCCCCUCUUGGACAUGGCGAUCCGAGAUGGGGAGGAGAUGCUUAAAAAGUACAAUUUAAAGCCGAACGAUGCUGUGCUGGCAUCUUCGGAACAGAUGGGCAUUUACAAGGACAUUGUCGAAGGCUACCAGGUGACGUACGUUGCCGGUGGUGCUGCGCAGAACACUGCGCGCUGCGCGCAGUACGUUUUGCCGGAGGGAUCUACUGCGUACCUUGGGUGUGUGGGCAAGGAUGACCUUGCGCAGCAGCUACGUGCCGCGAACGACCGCGAGGGUGUCGAGUCUAUCUACCAGAUCGACGAAAACACGCCGACCGGCUCGUGCGCCGUGGUGAUUACUGGCCACAACCGCUCUUUGUGCACCAACCUUGGUGCUGCAGAGAAGUUCUCCAAGUCGCAUCUGGACACACCCGACGCUAAGGCUGCCAUUGAGGCUGCCAAGUUUUUUUACCUUGGCGGCUUCUUCCUCACCCACGGUGUCGAAAGCGCCGUGGCCUUGGCCAAGCACGCCAAGGAGCACAACAAGCCUUUUGCAUUUAAUCUCUCUGCCCCGUUUAUUCCACAGUUCUUCAAGGCGCAAGUCGACGAGGUGCUUCCGUACGCGCAGCUGGUGAUUUGCAACGAGACCGAAGCUGAGGCGUAUGCCGAGGCGGCGAACCUCAACACCAACGAUCUUGGCGAAAUUGCGCUUGCAAUCGCGAAUGCGCAGUCGGUUAUUUCUACACCACGUACGGUGCUGAUCACCCAUGGCUCCAAAGCGACAAUUCGCGGCGUGCAAGGCGAGUCGUCGGCGCAUGUCCACGAAGUGCCGAAGAUCAACCCUGCGGACAUUGUCGACACCAACGGUGCCGGCGAUGCUUUUGCUGGUGGUGUGCUUGGUACGCUAUUGCUUAACAAGUCGAUCGAGCAGGCCGUCGACGUAGGCCACCGCCUCGGUGGUAUGUGCGUGGGCGAAGUCGGGCCCGUGCUCAAGUUCCCCAAGGAAAAUGUGUUGUAA